CGAGCGCAGCAGUAGAAGAAGAAGCAAUAGCAGCUCCGCCAGCCUGCCCGAAGGACCCUGUCGGACCCCCCCCCCAAUUUGGAGCCCCCUCCCCAAGCAUGGCAGCCCUCCGCCUCACCCCCCGCCUCUUCCUGGCGGUCGGGACCCUGCGGGGGCCCGGGACGUCCCGCGCCCGCCCACUCGCGGGGAGACUCUACGCCGCCCAGGCGGCCGCCGCCCCCCAGACCGCCCCGGAAAAGCACAGAUUGAAGCCAGAGUCAGCGCCCCAAGAAGAAUUGGGGAAAAAGCAUCUUCCGACGGAAACCAAGUCCUUUGCGGUGGGCAUUUUCAAGGGCCAGAUCAUCACGGACCAAGUCUUCCCUUAUCCUUCCGUUCUGAACGAGGAGCAGACGCAGACUUUGCGGGAGCUGGUGGGCCCCGUCGCCCGCUUCUUUGAGGAGGUGAACAACCCCUCGCUCAACGACGAGCUGGCCCAGGUGCAGGAGAAGACCAUGAAGGGGCUGAAGGAGAUGGGGGCCUUCGGCCUGCAGGUCCCCACGGCGCUGGGGGGCCUGGGGCUCACCAACACCCAGUAUGCCCGCAUGGUGGAAAUCGUGGGGAUGCACGACCUGGGUGUGGGCAUCACCCUGGGCGCCCACCAGUCCAUCGGCUUCAAGGGGAUCCUGCUCUACGGUUCCCAGGAGCAGAAGAAGAAGUACCUGCCCAAGCUGGCAUCCGGUGAGACCAUCGCCGCCUUCUGCCUGACCGAAAACACCAGCGGCUCCGACGCAGCCUCGAUCCGGAGCAGAGCCGAACUCAGCUCCUGCGGCACCUACUACACCCUGAACGGGAGCAAGCUCUGGAUCAGCAAUGGCGGCAUUGCCGAUAUCUUCACCGUUUUUGCCAAAACGCCGCAGAAGGACGAGACGGGGAAGACGAAGGACAAGAUCACGGCAUUCGUGGUGGAGCGGUCUUUCGGGGGGGUCACCAGCGGCCCCCCCGAGAAGAAGAUGGGCAUCAAGGGGUCCAACACGGCCGAAGUCCACUUUGACAACGUCCGGGUGCCGGUAGAGAAUGUGCUGGGUGCGCCAGGCGCCGGCUUCAAGGUGGCCAUGAACAUCCUGAACAACGGGCGUUUCGGCAUGGCGGCGGCCAUGGGCGGCACCAUGCGGGCGCUCAUUCAGAAAGCGGUGGACUUCGCCGCUAACCGGACUCAGUUUGGGGAAAAAAUCCACACUUUUGGGGUGAUCCAGGAAAAACUCGCCCGCAUGGCGUUGCUGCACUACGUGACCGAGUCCAUGGCCUACAUGAUCAGCGCCAACAUGGACCGGGGGGCUUCGGACUUCCAGAUCGAGGCGGCCAUCAGCAAAGUCUUUGGCUCGGAAGCUGCUUGGGCCGUUUCAGACGAAUGCAUCCAGACCAUGGGCGGGAUGGGGUUCAUGAAGGAAAGCGGAGUGGAACAAGUGAUGCGUGAUUUACGCAUUUUCCGGAUCUUUGAAGGCACCAACGAAAUCUUACGGCUUUUCAUUGCCCUCUACGGAUUCCAGAACGCGGGGAACCAGCUUCGCGGUUUGCAACAAGCCGUCAAGAACCCCUGUGGGAAUGCUGGCUUGCUGGUCAGCGAGGCGGGCAAGCGAGUACGCAGGAGGGCGGGCCUGGGGACAGGGCUAAGCCUGAAGGGCGUGGUGCACCCAAGUCUGGAGUCCAGCAGUGAGCAGGCCGUCCAAGCCAUUGACCUUUUUGCUGGUGUCAUUGAGAACCAGCUCCUCAAACAUGGAAAGAAAGUUGUCGAAGAGCAAUUCAUGCUGAAGCAAAUCGCCGACAGUGCAAUUGAUGUCUAUGCCAUGGUGGUUGUUCUCUCCAGAGCAUCGCGGGCGCUGGAACAAGGCCAGGCCACGGCCCAGCACGAGAAGGUCCUUUGCGAGACCUGGUGCAUGGAGGCCCACCAGCGUAUCACCCAAAACCUGACCUCUCUUUCGUCCAGUAGCACCCAACAAAUCUUCAAGAAUUUUCGGGUCAUCUCCAAAGCGAUGGUGGAGAAGGGAGGGGUGGUCUCCCCUUACACCCUGGGUUUCUGAGACCCCCCUCCUUAUUUCUCGGCUGCAUUCCUCCCUGGUUGCAAUGGGGGGUGGGCUUCAGCUUUGGGGUGGGGCGUCCAAGCCUCAUCCUCUCCCCACUGGAAGUUCACAGAUGUCAUUUUUUGGAAAUUGCAGCCCCAACGCCUGCAGGCAGUCCUCAACUUACGACCUCCCAAUUUUACGACCUUUUUUUUUCCCCGCACGGUUUGCGAGCGAAUUCGUUGCAGUGAACCUCGCAAAGGGCGAUCACCUGACCCCUUGCCCCCCCGACGCUGCGACCGUCGUAAAUAUGAGACCGUUAACCAAGUGCCCGAAUUUUGAUCACACGACCGCGAGGCUACAGUCAUAAUCAUGGAGACCUGGCAGUAAACUUUUUUUUUUCAGUGAUGUCGUAACUUCGGUCACUAAAGGGGGCGAUCGUAAAUCGGGGAUUUACCCAGACCUGGAAAUUCAGCCAUCCGUCCCCCACCCCCCCGGGUGCUUCGCCCAUUCCUGUAGUUGCGCCCAUCCCUUCUGGGAAUUUGCUAUUAAAUGAUUUUAUCCAAUCA